AACUAACAGUAAGGCCGGGAGCAUACAUCAACAACAAAACAGCCAAGUCCUGUCCUUCCAGGUAUGCCUUCCACUCACUGGCAAACAAAAGCUAACAAAGGAAAGACAAACUCCCAUUGUCCAUAGCCUCCGGACAUCCGACUUUACAGCCUUCCGCCAUCCUUUGCGGCAUUCCCGCUUUCCUUCUGGCGGAUGCUUUGCUCCAAGACCCCUGCGCAUUCCUGCAGUCGAAGUGCAUUCCCGCCCGGCUGAGCUGCGCUCGAAGAUAAAUCGCGCUCUCAGAGGCUCUUCGAACAAUCAAACUGUCGUGAGAGCAUGCCGAGCAGCACCUUGCGAUUCCCAACAGCCACCACACGAUAUCAAACCCUCUUGCGCAAGUGCGGUAUGUAAAUAAUAAUACUGCUCACCUACCUAGGUUGCCUAGUGAGCCGGAUUCCAUUUUAAGUUUGCUUUCUUUUCUUCAGUCCAUUUCUCUCCAAAACAACCAAGAAGAUUGAUCCGCUUCAGUUUUUCUCUGAUCCGCUUGCGCCCUCUCUCGGCCAAUAGAUAUAUCCUCCCUCUCUCUAUCAUCUUCCUCUUCACUCCACUCAAUGUAUAUCAGAUCAACUCUAUUCUCUUUUGUUGG